AACAUGAGUGGAGAACCCAAUUCAAUUUUUCUGUGAAAGUAGUUUAUGCUCUUAACCAUUCAGUCAUCUCUCCAGCCCCACGAUUCUAUGUUCUUAAGAAUUAUAGUACCAGGUGACAAUCACUGUAGAUCUAACACGUUUUUCUUAAAUUUUUCCACAUACAUAUAUUAGAAUCGCUUAAGGGAAAAUAUUUGUUCCAAUUUUAUGAGCCAUAAAGAUUUUUUAUUUAAUUUUAAUUUUAUGUGUAUGGGUAUUUUGCCUAUAUGUAUGUAUGUAUGUAUGUAUGUAUGUAUGUCUUCCGGUAUAAUCUUCUGCAAACAUGCACUAAAUAGAACACAAAUGCUACAAGAAAGUAAGGUAAGUCCUUGCUAUUAUUUAUCAUCAGAUCAUCAAUCAGCCACACAAUUCAUGGUCAUUCCUACCACACAGAAGAAACAACUUCAAAAGGCCAAUGUUCAGAUCAUAAAAUAUGCCUAGCAAAUGUCUGUAGUGACAAUGAAAAUUAACUAGUGAAUCCAUGUUUUUAAUUAGCCUCUCUUGUCCUUAACCAAACAAUCAGAGGCUCCAGUAUGAGGACCUACCUGUUCCUGGUUUCCUUGGGACCACUAGACAUUUAACCAGAAGCAGUAGGAGAAGACCAGGAGCAGUAGGAAAACACAAGGAGCUGCUGGGUCAGGUGCCCAAGAAAGCAAAGGAAGAAAUGUCCAAAUAGCAGAACUUCAUAACAUAUCGAAUCGUGAUGAUGGGAGAGCAACUUCAGCUGGAUUCAUAGCAGAAACGGGUCAUGGUCAACCACAGCUCCCCAGUGGGCUUCUUCCUGCUGGGCUUCUCUGAACACCCACACCUGGAAAAGAUUCUCUUUGUGGUUGUCUUGUGUUCCUACCUUCUCACACUCCUAGGAAACACACUCAUCCUCCUGCUGUCCACACUGGACCCCAGGCUCCACUCUCCAAUGUACUUCUUCCUCUCAAACCUCUCCUUCUUGGACCUCUGCUUCACCACAACCUGUGUGCCCCAGAUGCUGGUCAACCUCUGGGGACCCACAAAGACCAUCAGCUUCCUGGGAUGCUUUGUCCAGCUCUUCAUCUUCUUAGCCCUGGGGACCACCGAGUGUAUCCUCCUGACAGUGAUGGCCUUUGAUCGCUAUGUGGCUGUCUGCCAGCCCCUGCACUAUGCCACCAUCAUCCACCCCCGCCUGUGCUGGCAGCUGGCAGCUGUGGCCUGGAUGAUGGGGCUGCUCCAAUCCAUAGUCCAGACACCUCCCACCCUCCGCCUGCCCUUCUGUUCCCAUAGACAGAUAGAUGAUUUUCUAUGUGAAGUCCCAUCUCUAAUUCGACUCUCCUGUGGAGACACUACUUUUAAUGAGAUUCAGUUGGCUGUGUCCAGUGUCAUCCUUGUGGUUGUACCUCUGAGCCUCAUCCUUAUCUCUUAUAGUGCUAUCACCAGGGCAGUGCUGAGGAUAAACUCUGCUGAAGCAUGGAAAAAGGCUUUUGGGACCUGCUCCUCCCACCUUAUCGUGGUCACCCUCUUCUACAGCUCAGUCAUUGCUGUCUAUCUGCAACCCAAAAAUCCCUAUGCCCAAGAGAGAGGCAAGUUCUUUGGUCUCUUUUAUGCAGUGGGAACUCCUACACUCAACCCUCUCAUUUACACCCUGAGGAACAAGGAGGUAAAAAGGGCAUUCUGGAGGCUGUUGGGAAAAAAUGCGGACUCCAAAAAUACCUAGCAGAGAAAUACUUAUGGCAUGAGGAUUGCUAGGCCAGCUUGGUAGACCCAUUAAGAUCUUUUGAACAAAACUGGGGAGAAAUUGGUAAUUGGAACAUGAAUUACUGGCACAUACAACAGGAGAGAUGUGAAGGCAGUGAUGGGAACCUGAGUUAACUACUUAUGAGUCUUGCUUCAACUCCAGUUUCUGCUCCUGUUACAUGAAGAUGUACUGCUACUAUACUGUAGUGAAGGAUGCUGUAACCAUAUGGUUUUCAGGUGGUUGACAGAACCCCACUAAUGGUAAGCAUUUAUAGCCUUGCAGACAUUAGAUAUCCCACAGUUGGCAGCCUUGUCUCUUACAGGGUUCAGUGAAUAGCAGCAGGUCUGAAACAUUUCCUAAUGGAUACUUUUCUUGCAACUGUAGGAUAACCUUGACCAAGAACUCUAAGAGGCCAAGAAUUCCUUCCCUCCAUUGAUACUUCAAUACUCCAGAGUCUGGUCGGUCAGAUGUGCAAAGCACCAAUGCACUGGGACAACAGCCCAAUUCCCUAUAUUUUUUAAAUAUUACAUUUGAAUCCUCAUCAAUAUUUCUGAACACAUUUCUAGAACUUUAACUAUUUCAGACAGUAUUUAGAUUAACAAAUGUUACCUUUUUCAUAUUCUGAAAAAUAUAUUCAAAAUACUCAUGAGAAAAUGAUUAUAAUCAAGUUCACAAAUCUGUCCAAUUUUUCUUUUCAUAGAUGGUCAUUAUUAUCAUGUGCCUACAACUAAUAUUCUCUUCCUCAUAUAAAUCUUGUCAUGUUUACAUUGUUACAACUCUCUUUUCAGUCCUCAUUUGUGCUUAUGCCUCAUACUGUUUUACCAGAGAUCACCACAAUCAUUCCUCUGUCCUAGAGGAGGAAAAGAAUUGUUAUGAGGUUGGGGAAAUGGCUCAGCAGUCAAAAGUACUUGCUGCUCUUCCAGAGGAUUCAAGAUCUGUUUCCAACACAUGAAUCAGGCAGCUCACAACCACCUGUAACUUGAGCCCCAGG